GCCCCACUUCCACUUACCAUGUUUGGCCAGCCGACUAGUAAUGGGAGCGAGGAUGUCGUUUAUAUACGCCAAUACCGCAUCAUCAACAAAAUUGGCAACGGCACCUUUGGCGACAUCUUCGUGGCCGAGGACGAGACCGAUGGCCGGCGCGUAGCACUCAAACUGGAGCACACUGGGGCGAAUCAUCCUCAGCUACUUUUUGAGUUCAAGCUAUAUAAAUUUCUGCUUUCGGGCAUUGGGAUACCGCGUGUGUAUGAUUUUUUUACUGAGCCCAAAUACAAUGUGAUGGUCAUGGAGCUGCUCGGCCCAUCGCUGGAGGAUCUGUUCAACUACUGUUCGCGCCGCUUCUCACUGAAGACGGUGCUCAUGCUGGCAUUCCAGAUGAUCGAACGGAUUGAGUUUGUGCAUCAGAAGAGCUUUCUGCAUCGCGACAUCAAGCCCGAUAACUUUGCGAUGGGCGUCGGGAACUAUAACAAUCAAUUGUACAUCAUUGACUUCGGUCUGGCCAAAAGAUACUACGACUCCGCACUGAACGAGCAUAUACCCUUCAAGUGGGGCAAUAGGAUGACGGGCACCGCGCGCUACGCCUCGAUCAACGCACUCCUGGGCUUUGAGCUAGCCCGUCGCGAUGAUAUGGAGGCUCUGGGCUAUGUGCUCAUAUACUUUCUGCGCGGCAGCUUGCCCUGGCAGGGCCUAUCGGGGCCGAAACAUCAGAAGUACGAGAUGUUGGCCGAGAAGAAACAGUCGAUCAAGCCGGAGGAGCUUUGCAAAGGCUUUCCGGAUGAGUUCGCCUCGUACCUGAUCUAUUGUCGCAAUAUUAGAUUCGAGAAACAACCGAACUAUCUUGGCCUGCGGCGUAGCUUCAGCGAUUUAUUCAAUCGCCUCAAAUAUGUGAAUGAUGGUGUUUAUGACUGGCAUACAAUACAAUCAAUUAAGGAUCAGAGCAAUAACGAGAAUAAGGCAAUUGACGACGAGGAGGAGCCCGACGAGUCUGCUUAUAAUUAAUUUUUGCAUAUAAUUAUAUUCUGAAUCUUUUCAAAGAGAGAGUGUGUGUAUUGUAAUAAAUGAGGACUUUUCCUUUAGCCAGGAUUUUCUGGUUGCAA